AAUAAACUGUCAAGUAAAUUGUGCGGAUAAAAUCGUUGUUGAAAAAUUGAAUUAUUAUUUUAUUUUUUUGAUUUCAUUUUUUUCUUUUCGUUCAAUAUUUUCGGGCCGGGUUUUUGAAGCGUCAACGCUCAAUCACCGCAAUCAAUCAAUUCACAAAUGUUUUCGUUAUUCAUCACGAAAAACAUUCAACAACUUUCUACCGAUCAUUGCUAUAAACAAUUUCGUUAGCCAAUACAAACAAACUCGUUGAUAAAUUUUAAUGGUGACAUCAAAAACUUAGUUAAAGAAACGACACAAUAAUAAAAUCGUAAAACAGAACGAAUGUUCAUUGCAUUUUUUGUAUCACAUAGAGUCUCGAACAUUCUUUAAAAAAAAAAUUGCCCUUCCAUAAGGAGGUUGUAAGAAAACGAAAUAAAUCGAUACAAUGGCAAAUAUAUUAUAUUGUUGGGGAAGCACAGUUAAUGGCGAAUUGGGUUUAGGCGGCAUCGAAGAAGAACAUCUGUUGGUGCCAAGAGAGCUCGAUUGGUCAUUGGCGUCACAAAUUCAAUCAAUUUCAUGUGGUCCAGUUCAUUCACUCUUUUUGGUAAAUGGAAAACUGUAUUCGUCCGGAAGCAAUGAUUUCGGUCAAUUAGGCCACCAACAACCAAGAAAACGUCCACGUAUGUCAAAAUUUUAUCAAGUAGAAAAUUUGGAAAAUCAUGUAAUUACAAAAAUUUGUUGUGGUAGCUCACACAGUUGUGCAGUUAAUGAAUGGGGUAACCUUUGGACGUGGGGAUCCAAUUCUUUCGGUCAGCUUGGAUACGGGGAAUUCGAUACAAACGAGCCACAACCAAAACUAGCCAAAAAAUUAGCCACCAAAAAUAUUGUACAAAUUGCGUGUGGCGAUCAUCAUAAUCUGGCUCUGACAAAUGAAGGAGAGAUUUAUGCAUUUGGAUUGAAUAACUAUGGACAACUCGGAAUUGGAAAUGCUGAAAAAAAAGUUGUGAAUCCAGUAAAAAUUGAUUCAUUAAAUGGAAUUCCGAUAGCAUUUAUUGCAUGUGGCGGCUAUCACAGUUUUGCUAUCUCAAAAUCGGGAGCAGUCUUUGGAUGGGGCAAAAACAAUUGGGGCCAACUUGGUGUAGGUGAUGAACAGCCACGAUAUUUUCCAGCAAAAUUGAAAACAUUAAGAUCGAUAGGAGUUCGAAAAGUAUCAGCCGGUGAAGAUUUUUCCGUGUUCCUCACUAUGGACGGCGGCAUAUUUAGCUGUGGAGCUGGAAAUUUUGGACAGCUUGGUCAUGGAAACAAAAAUAAUGUCUCUUUGCCGCGUAUGGUGGUGGAAAUGAUGGGCAGUGCAGUGACACAGGUGGUGUGCGGAAAUCGACACACACUCACAUAUGUACCAUCACGUGGUCGUGUUUAUGGAUUUGGCUUGAACUCAUGCGGUCAAUUAGGCCUUCGUUCAACGAAUAAUUCCGUUAUUCCAAAUGUUGUUUUUGGACCAUGGGCAAUUGACAAAGACGAUAAGACUGAAGAGACAAAUAUUUUUGUAAAGCAAAUAUUUUCUGGUGGCGAUCGAUCAUUUGCGUAUACAACCACAGACAACACCAACAGUUAUGACUCUCGAAUUUUUGAACCAAGCACACAAAUCGCAAUAUUUACAAUUAGUUUGGCCGAACAUUGUGCCACUAUUGAAAAAAAUGAGACCGUUGAUGACACAUUGAUGUCGUCCAUUGAAACCUUAUUCCGCAGUUUAGCCUGUAUAAAUGGUUCGUUUUUAAAAUCAAAUGAUGCGCAUAUGUGUUGUUCGUCGAAAAAUCAUGGUUUAAAUAUGGUUGAUGCCGAACUAGCAUUUGGUCACAUUCGAAAAAUGGAAAAUGUAACAUUGAAGGAAAUGAUUUGGGAUGGUAUCACAACACAAAUUAUCCGAUCAUUGAAACCGUCUCCCGCUGAUGUUGAAGUAUUACGCGUUUAUUUACUGUUACCACUUUACCAUGAAUUUAUUAAUUCAAAAAAUUAUGAAAAACUGCACACACCAUUCAGUCGUGCUGUUUUAAAUUUAAACAAAAUUCCACUACAAAUUGUCUCACAAUGGUACGCCGAAUCGAGAAUUGAGUACUUUGAACGAUUAGUUGAAAACUACAAAGAUGUUGUGAUGCAUGUGUUAACAUUUAAGUUUGCAAAGAGUAGUUGUGCUGAUGCAUUAUUGCCGGUGGUAACAUACGAACCAAAUUUGGAGAGUGCGUUGAGAAUGCUCAAGCUACUCUUUCAAAUAAACAUGAACCAACGGACACAACGUUUGUCAUACGAGACAUUCCACUUGCCAGAACUAACCGACAUGGUCGAUUUGCAAAAAGACUUUUUCAAUUGGAGUCAAACUGAAAGCAAUCCGAACCAAACGUUCCUCUGUAAUUUCCCUUUUAUAUUCGACGCAAAGGCAAAAACGCUAUUACUACAGACCGAUCAAGCCAUUCAGAUGCAUCAUGCCGUUUAUCAAGCUCAACAAACCAUGCUUUUGGCAAUGUUAUUUUCAAAUCAACCGACCGAUAUCAGUGAAUUUGUUGUGUUCAAUGUGUCCCGUGAAAAUAUCGUAAAUGAUACAAUUCGUGAAAUUUGCCAGUGCGAUGUCAAAGAUUUGAAAAAACCAUUAAAAGUAAAAUUUCUGGGUGAAGAGGGUGAAGAUGCUGGCGGUGUUAAAAAGGAAUUCUUUCUUUUGUUGAUGAAAGAGAUUCUCGAUCAAAAGUACGGAAUGUUUCAAGAAUAUGAAGAAUCACGACUGAUCUGGUUUGCAGCAAACAGUUUUGAAGAUCCCGAAAUGUACAAAUUGGUUGGAACAAUUUGUGGACUUGCUAUUUAUAAUUUCAUUAUUAUACAUUUGCCAUUUCCAUUGGCACUUUAUAAAAAAUUGCUGAAAGAAAAAGUGGAUUUAGACGAUUUUAAAGAAUUAUCACCGGUGAUGGGAAGAACACUGCAAGAAAUUUUGGACUACGAUGGCGACGACAUGGAAGAUGUGUUCGAUUUGACUUUUGAAAUUACCCGAGAAAACUAUGGAAAUUUUGAAAAUAUACCGCUCAAAGCGAACGGCGAAAAUAUCCGUGUAACUCAGGAAAAUAAGAAAGAAUUUGUUGAAUUGUAUAUUGAUUUUCUAUUGAACAAAUCGGUUGUAACCCAUUUUGAUGCGUUCUAUGCUGGAUUUAUGAAAGUGUGUGGCGGACCAGUGAUGGAAUUGUUUCGAGCACACGAACUUAUGGCGCUGGUUAUUGGUAAUGAAAAUUAUGACUGGGAUGCAUUUGAACAAGCAACCAAAUAUAAGAAUGGUUACACCUCUGGCGACCCAACCAUUCGCUUAUUUUGGGAAGUAUUUCAUGAACUUUCAUUGGACGACAAAAAGAAAUUCUUACGUUUUUUGACGGGAAGCGAUCGAAUUGCCAUCGGAACAAAAGCAUUACAAAUUAUUAUUCAGCCAGUGAACGAUGACAAAUUUUUACCUGUUGCACAUACCUGCUUCAAUUUGCUAGAUCUUCCGCGGUAUCAAACAAAAGAGAAACUUAAAUACAAACUGAUGCAAGCAAUUCAACAACAUCAAGGAUUCAGCUUGGUUUAAACACUGCAAAACACCUUUUGACGCGAAUCUGCAUACAUUAAUUAAUUUGUGAUACAAUAAAGAGAACAAAAAAAAAUGUUAUCGCAUUUGUUGACGAUAAACAGUUUCAUUAAACUUGUUUUCAAACAAAAAUCAAAGAAAAAAAAACAACAACUGAGAUACUCAGGUUAUGUAAUAAUCCGUUGACAUUGUUAACUUAUUUAUGUUUUUGUCGAUUUGAAAGAGGAUGAAAAAAAGGAAUCACAUGAAAACAUAAUAAAAUUAUUUUUGUAUCAAAGCGAGAA